AUGUCGGAUUCGCCGCAAACAAACUCGGUCGCCGAGUUUGCGCAAUACACAACUGGCUUUAUGGUACUGAGUGGACUUGCUCUGCCGCUUGUGUUCUACCACGUGGCACUGAUCCCAUUGUGGAGUUUCUUCCUGUGCGAGGUGGGAGGACUCAUCAUUUACACCAGCAUUGUGUUAUUUGGGUGGUUCUUCCGCGAGGAUGCAAGUGACGACUACGACUUUUAG